ACAUAGCAAGUGUUAAUAAAUCAUGUGUCAAACAUUUCAAGGAUUAAUCUUUUGCCAGAAGUUCCAUCUUAGGUGUUCUACUCCUGACAGCAGCCAGUAAAAGGUGGCAAAUUCUGGGAUAUGAGAUGACCGGCGGCAGGCCAAUGCAUUCCUGAUGGAUGUGUUUUAAAGGGCCGUGGAGCAGAUGUCCUGUUUUGGCAGAACAAUCAGCGUCCCUCCCCCUUGAGCCUGCACCAUGUUUUUUUUUACCCCUCCCCUGCACCCCUUGUCUGAAGCAUACCACUUGAGAGAUCCUAAUAUAGACCCGACUGCUUUGGAGGAAAGGGUAACAAACCAGCCGGAGCCACCAGCAGUUAACGGUUUGCUGCUUUGACAUCAACUUUUUCAUGGACACACAACAGCAGUAUGGAGCCUACCUCACAGGUGAAGAACUUACGGUGUCACUCCCAGGAAAGAAGCAGGAAAUAAAGAAACAAGAGGCUGAUGGCACAGUCUACAUGAAUUUCAUGAAAGGUCACUGCUGCUACGAUGCCAUUCCAACCAGCUGUAAACUGGUCAUAUUUGAUACCAAACUACAAGUGAAAAAGGCCUUCUAUGCACUUGUAGCAAACGGCUUGAGGGCUGCACCUUUAUGGGACAGCAAGUUGCAAAGAUUUGUGGGUAUGCUGACCAUUACAGAUUUCAUCAACAUCCUGCACUGCUAUUACAAGUCCCCCUUGGUUCAAAUGUACGAGCUGGAGAGCCACAAGAUUGAGACAUGGAGAGGUGAUUCAUUUCAAAAUGUCUACUUACAGUGCUUCAAUCCCUUCCUCAUUCAGAUUACUCCAGAAGCAAGCCUCUUCGAUGCCAUCUAUUCUUUACUCAAGAAUAAGAUCCACCGGCUGCCGGUCAUCGACCCAGAGUCUGGAAAUGUCUUGCACAUACUCACCCACAAAAGAAUCCUCAAGUUCCUCCAUAUAUUUGGGAAAACCAUUCCCAAGCCUGCUUACAUUCAAAGGCAGAUCCAGGAGCUGAGGAUUGGGACAUUUAGCAAUAUCGCCACUGUUCAGCAAACUGCAACGCUGUUCGAUGCCCUCUCUAUUUUUGUGGAGAGACGGGUGUCUGCACUUCCUGUGGUGGAUGAACAAGGCAAAGUGGUGUCUCUCUACUCCAGAUUUGAUGUGAUUAAUAUAGCAGCUCAGAAGAUUUACAGCAAUCUGGAUAUGCCUAUGCACGAGGUCGUUCGCAGGCGCUCCUGUUUUGUCGAAGGAGUGAUUAAAUGCUACCCUUAUGAAACCUUGGAAAUCAUCCUAGAUCGUAUAGUCAAAACAGAGGUCCAUCGGCUGGUUCUGGUGGACAAGUCUGACGUGGUGAAGGGCAUCAUCUCUCUGUCUGACCUGCUGCAGGCCAUGGUCCUAUCCCCUGCAGGUAUUGAUGCCCUUUAUUCCUAGCACCAGGGGACAGAGAGGCCCCUUCACUCCUUUUCCACCUGUGUAGACUUGAGUCCUGGCCGUGUAUCCAGCCAGGUAGGCUCUCGAGCCUUUUACCCAAACCAAAAACCUCCUUUUGUACUGUUGCCUUACAAGCUUCCAGAAGCCUUUACCAUUUUAUCCUUUAUUAAUAGAAAAACUAAUGGUGCUUUUUCUAUCCGCUCCACACACAGACAUGCAUGUGCGCUCACUCACACAACCCCAGCUGUCCUACUGAUGCAAUGCAAGCAAAGAUGUUUUUCAGGAGACCUGUGGAAAAUGCUGAUUAUUAAUA